GUUGAGCAGAACGAAUGUAUGUCAUUCUCGUGCGUUGAAUGAGUCAAAGUUAUCGUUUCGAAUACGUGAAUAGACUCAUUCUUUCGUAGCCUACACCUGGAAUUAAUUUCUAUUAUUAUUGUGUGUUUUUUUAAAAAAAAGUACUAAAUAGUGUGUCGUAUAUUGACUUGAUAAAGACUCAUCUAUUGUUUGUUUUAUUUUGUUUUACUCUGGAAAGUUUUCACGUGUUGGAAGUUAAUAAGUGAUUUAUUGUUUAGUUUUAUUAGACGUGCGUUUGAAUUUUUUAGUUACUGUGAACUUUCUAUACUCCUGGGCCGGAAAUCAAAUACUUUGGAAUUUGCUGUCAACUUAGUUAUGCUGGCACAAAACAGAACAUUGAAAAAUUAAAACGGAAUAUCUUGUAAAAAAUUGCAACACAAUUACUACAUGACUGCAUUGUUCAAUUAAAAGUUCUAACAGGAGAACAAGUGAGAAUUAGUGAUCGCAGUAAGCUUGUUGUGAACUAACUCUUGUAUAAAACAACGAUUCAACAAAUAGAUGGUUGGAUUUAGUGCAGGGUUAAAGAUUAAAGACGUACGAAGGUGCUCAUUUAACGUACCCUGUUCUGGGGUACGGUAAAAAAUCAACAAAGAUCAGCAUCAAGAUAAAGUCACCAGUCUUGCAGUCGCGGGAUGAGCAGGAUCGGGUGCUGCCGUUAGUGGUGGACACUGCUGUCCGCGCGCACGGGUUUCCCGGCCGAGAAGGGGGCGACCAAGGCCCCCCAACUGGCCAGGCAGAUGCAGUGAAUGAAGAACCGCAACCAAGUAUAGGCCGUGCCGAUCCAGUCGAUUUGGCAGAGCGUGUGGAGAGCCACGCUCACUCUAAUUUGCGUAGAGAGACCUACCGCAGUGUAGAACAAGUUGCAGACAAAAUUCGAGAGUCAUCUGAUAGUAGCAACUCAACUAGUAACACAUUUGAAAAUUCAUCACUACAUCCUCUCGUUCGUGCUGACCGAAUCGAGAGAGUAGCAUUUCGUACAAGUUCUAGUGCAGUUUGUGAAGUGAGUUGUGCAACUGGUGUUGAACCCUUUAGCGUUUGCACCAGAGUCAUCAUUCCUCCUGAGAAUAUAUUGCGGACAUCAAGUAAUAACAUCAACAGCAACAACAAGAGCCACAGAAAAUUUAUCGAAAUUCUCGAGGGUUCCAAUCAGACUGUUAGAAACAUCAACGAGAAGCUUCUAACUAUUGCGCGAACCAUGGCUCCGAGCUGGUCAAUGCGCCUCUUGGGCGUAAGUUGUGGUUCAGUAGUUUGUGCUUGGGGACUGCUGCUUGUUUUGUCCGUACUGGGAGGAGCUUCACAUGGCACAGGACUCAGUGGUUACGACUUUGAAAAUGCUGGCACCAUGGAAGAUCUUAAUGGUGUACGAUGUCCAUGGGCUUGCACCUGCAAAGGACAGGAUAUUGAUUGUUCCGAAAGAGGACUCACACAGGUUCCUGGAGAUUUAGCAGUUCUCGCCGAAAAACUAGAACUACAAGGGAAUAAUAUUUCAGUAAUUUUCAAGACAGACUUUGAAGACAUGGCAGCACUCCAUGUACUACAUUUAUCAAACAAUCAAAUACACACCAUUGAAAGGGGAGCUUUUAAAGAUCUAGUUGCAGUAGAAAAGCUACGCCUAAAUAACAAUCAAAUUCGCUAUCUGCCAGACACCCUCUUCAGUAACAUGAUGAAUUUACGAAGGCUAGAUCUCAGCCAUAAUCAAAUUGCCAUGAUUGGACCUAAAACUCUUCGAGGAAUAUCUGCAUUAAAACAAAUUCUUCUCGACAACAACGUGCUGACUUGCAUUGAUGAGAGUGCGAUAAGAGAAUUAAAGGAUUUAGAAACACUAACUUUAAACAACAAUAAAUUGACGACCCUCGGGAAAGAAAUGCUGUUUGGUCUCCCGCGAUUGCGUAUACUGAAACUUACAGAUAACUUUCUUGUCUGCGACUGUCACUUGGCCUGGCUGUCACGGCAUUUAAAGAGUACUCCACGACUUGGACAGCAUGCAAAAUGUGCUUCACCAGCUCAUCUCAAGGGACAAAACCUUGUCGAUUUGCAAGAGCAUGAGUUCAAGUGCCCAGGCCUAGUGGAACUUCAUGUCGGAUCUGAAUGCACUGCUGAACCUCAAUGUCCACAUCCGUGCAGAUGUACCAAUGGAAUUGUCAAUUGUCGAGAAACUUCUUUGGAGAAAGUCCCAACUCAUCUUCCAGAGGACACCACAGAAUUACGACUUGAACAAAAUAGCAUUACUGAAAUCCCACCAAAGGCUUUUUCACCAUACAGAAAAUUGCUCAGAAUUGAUUUGAGUAAUAAUAAAAUUGAAAAAGUAGCUGCAGAUGCGUUUCAUGGAUUAAAAUCUCUUGAAUCUCUUGUACUCUAUGGAAAUAAAAUAACUGAACUACCUGGCGGUGUGUUUCAAGGUUUAACAAGUUUGCAAUUACUUUUGUUAAACGCUAAUGACAUUUCGUGCAUCCGAACGGACCUGUUUCGCGAUCUGACCAGUCUGACACUCCUUUCAUUGUAUGACAACAACAUUAAAUCACUUGCCAACGGCACUUUUGCUAAUUUACGCAGCAUAAAAACAUUGCAUUUAGCUAAAAAUCCAUUCAUUUGUGACUGCAACUUGCGUUGGCUAAACCUGUAUCUCCAGAAGAAUCCAAUUGAAACAUCUGGAGCAAAAUGUGAGACUCCGAAGCGAUUGGGCAAGCGGAAGAUUGACUCGCUACGGGACGAAAAGUUCAAAUGUAAGGGUGACCAAAAGUUACUCACUAAAAGAGCAGGCGAAUGUAUUUUACCAGGAGCUUGUCCAUCACUAUGUACGUGCAACGGAGCUACAGUAAAUUGUGCUGAUAAAAAACUCACAUCAAUCCCUCGAGAUCUUCCUAUCUACACCUUAACACUAUUGUUGGGGAACAACGACAUAGAAAAAAUUAAGGCUGAUAAUUUGUUCGAGAAACUUCCGGAGUUGCAACAUUUAGAUCUCAGAAGAAAUAAAAUUACACGCAUCGAAGCAUCUGCUUUUAAAGGAGCUCAUCAACUAACCGAACUCCUCUUGUCUGACAAUAAACUGCGGGAAGUUCACGAUAAAAUGUUCACUGGACUCGUUAACUUGAAAACUUUAAACUUGAGUGGAAAUGCAAUUACCUGUGUGAUGCCUAAAUCAUUCGAAGGGCUGACUCAUAUUCACAACAUCAACAUGCAAGGUAAUCCUUUAUCAUGCAAUUGUCAUCUUGCAUGGUUUGCCGAGUGGUUGAGAACUCGCGACAUACCGGGGAUCAUUGGUCGUUGUCACGAUCCACCAAGAUUGAAGGACGCCCACGUAAAAGACAUUCCACGUCAUGAAUUCAAGUGCACCAAUGAUAGUGUCGGUUGUCUCGGUGACGAUUAUUGCCCACCAGGAUGUCACUGUGCAGGAUCACUUGUAAGCUGUUCCAGAGCUCAGCUGUCGGAAAUACCUCGUGGCAUCCCUCCAGAGACUACUGAACUGUAUCUUGACGUAAAUAAUAUAAAAACGAUUCAACCCGAGAGACUCAGUCAUUUAAGAAUGUUGACAAGAUUAGAUUUAAGCAAUAAUCAAAUUGGAAUGCUCGCCAACGAUACGUUUAGAAACUUGACAAAACUCUCUCAUCUAAUUAUAAGCUACAAUAAACUCCAAUGUGUUCAAAAAAAUGCACUAGCUGGACUAAAAUCACUCCGAAUAAUGUCUUUACAUGGCAAUGAGAUUUCAAGUAUUCCUGAAGGAACAUUCGAUGAUUUGAAAUCUAUAACUCAUGUAGCACUAGGAUCUAAUCCAUUAUACUGUGACUGUCAUAUGCGUUGGCUAGCAGAGUGGGUAAAGAAAGACUUGGAUGUUGAACCAGGGAUUGCAAGAUGUAUGGAACCACCAGCCAUGAAAGAGAAACUAUUGCUCACGGCACCAGCCAGUGCUUUUCAAUGCAAAACCAAACAACAACCUGCCGAAGUCUUGGCCAAAUGCGACGUGUGUUAUACCUUCCCAUGUCAAAACGGAGGAUUUUGCGAGGCAUUACCAGACAGGAAAUUCAAUUGCAAGUGCACGCCAGGAUAUCACGGGGACCAGUGUCAACAUAAAAUUGACGCGUGCUAUGGAAAUCCUUGCCGGAACACCGGAACUUGUAAAGUACUGGAGGAAGGAAGAUUCAGUUGCGACUGCGCCCCCGGUUACGAGGGUCUCCGAUGUGAGAAUAACGUCGACGAUUGCACCAAUAACAAGUGCGCCAACAAUUCGACCUGCGUGGACCUCGUUCAGGCCUACAGAUGCGACUGCACACCGGGAUUCAUGGGAGAAUACUGUCAAACGAAAAUCCCAUUUUGCACAAAAGGACACGACCCAUGUGAGAACGGAGGCCGCUGUGUUGACCACAGGACCCACUACAGUUGCGAGUGCCCAAUCGGUUUCAGUGGCCUUAACUGUUCCACAAAUUUGGAUGAUUGUACUGACCAUCUCUGCCAGAACGGUGCUACAUGCAUCGAUGGCAUAAAUAAUUACGAAUGUAAAUGCCCGCCGGAUUAUACAGGAAGAUUCUGUGAAGCAGCGCCUUCUACAGCUUUACUUUAUCCUAAAACAAGUCCUUGUGCUCAUCAUGAUUGUCAGCAUGGCACCUGCUUCCAACCUUCCUCUGAUUCCGCUGCGGGUUAUCUUUGCCAGUGUCAUCCUGGUUACACUGGAAAACGAUGUGAGUACCUGACGAGCCUGAGCUUCAUAGACAACAGCUCGCUGGUCGAGCUAGAGCCGCUUCGCACGAAGCCUGAGGCAAAUGUGACCAUCGUUUUUACUACCACUCAAGAGAAUGGGGUCUUACUCUAUGAUGGUAUGGACCAAAGUGGCGAGCACAUCGCGGUUGAACUAUUUAAUGGCCGUGUCCGAGUAUCUUAUGAUGUCGGAAAUUAUCCCACCUCUACGAUGUACAGUUACGAAAUGGUCUCAGACGGAAAGCCUCACAUGGCUGAACUAAUCGCAAUAAAAAAGAAUUUCACGCUACGAGUUGAUAGAGGUCUUGCAAGGAGUAUUAUCAAUGAAGGAACGAGGGAUUAUCUUAAGCUCAAUACUCCAAUGUAUGUCGGUGGUGUUCCGUCAGAAGUUGCUAGCGCAGCCUUCUCUCAAUUUCAUUUGCAAAACAUAACUAGUUUCCAAGGAUGCAUAUCGGGAAUGUGGAUCAACCACAAGUCAGUAGACUUUAGCAACGCUGCAAAAAUGCAUCGCGUGACUCCUGGAUGUUCCUCUGGAGAAGAGGAGGCUGAUGAAGCUGGUAAAGAUGUUGCUGAAGAAGUUGAAUCAAACAGCGGUAAUCUCGAAGACUCUAUGCAACAUGAACAUGUUUCGGAAGAUCAUUCCGAUAUUAUUGUAUCAGUACCAGGCGCAAGUAUUAUAGAUCCUUGUACCGGUCACGAAUGCCGUAAAGGUUCACAAUGUGUGCCAUCUCCAUUUGGAAAUGGAUAUACUUGUCGAUGUCAAACCGGUUGGCAAGGACGAUACUGCGAAAAAGCGCCAACAUGUCGGAAAGAACAUACUCGAGAAUACUAUAGUGAAAACGGAUGUCGUAGCAGACGACCAGUAAAACUGGCCAAGUGCUGGGGCAGUUGUGGUAACUCAUGUUGCCUACCGCGAAAAACUAAACGUCGUAGGGUCCGUCUAAUCUGUACAGAUGGUAAACGAUAUACUAAAGAAGUAGAUCUGGUCCGUAAAUGUACAUGUACUCGUAAAUGCUACUGAAUUGGAUAACAUCGCCACCAAUAAUCACAUUGUCAUAGAAUUUUGAUAAAUUAAGAAUCAAACCCCAUUAUCAUGCAUACAGCUCAUUCAACUUCGGCAUACAUACUUCAUAUGUGCCUACAUGAAUGAAUGCGAUACAGUGAGUGACUAAGUGCAGACUAAAAUUGAUGGACACACACAGCCGGCUCAGUGUGAUAUAUAUUAUUAAGGAUUAUAAAAUAAUGCAUAGAUAUAAUUUAUCGAUAUCAAUUAAUUACGCAUAUUAAAUAUUUGUAUAAGAUAAUUUUUUAGUAUUAUAAUUAUUUGCGAGCAUGUACGAUAAACUGGUGACUGUUUAAUUUAGCAAAAGAUGUAUGUGCUUGCAACAUCUCGACUACAAAUCAUCGGCUAUAAUAUAAUAUAUAAAUAUAAAUAUAUAUUUACUACUAAUAUUUAACGUUAAUUAAAUUAUCACAGAAAACUAUAAAAAUAACAAAGACAUUAUUUAAUAGUCUUAACGCAGUUCUUAAGAAGAGGAAUUGUUAUAAAUUCUAAUAAUCAAACGAAUUGAUUUGAUACUCGCUCUCCUGCCUUGGAAUUAAAGAUACACCAAGGUUUGAUCUAUAUGAAGAAGCGAUGAAGAGAUAAUAUAGUCAUAACAAAUUUUUAAAAUUCCUAAAGAAUUUAUUAAACAAAAAAUUUUUUUAUAUUUUUUUGCAUCAACGAAUUUAUGUUGAUUAAUUUAAAAGAAAAAAAAAUUCAAAAAUGUGCAAAAAAAAUUUCUGUGCAUAUAUUUUCGAAUGUCUAAUUUACAAAUUGCAUUCUUCACCAUCAAUAUAUAAGUAGCUAUAAUUUAUUUAAUUUUGCAACCAUUUUUAUAAUGUUCACAAUAAUUUUAUAUUGUUAGCAUCGACUGAAAAUAUUU